AUGAUUUCAUCAUAUGAGGAAAUUCGCCUCAAAAGGAUUGCAGAGAAUAAGAAAAAGCUAGAGGCUCUCAAUCUUCCAAAGCUCUCUCAAUCCCUUCACAAAACAUCUUCGUCUUCUUCCAAACCAUCAUCGGGUCGUCCGAGGUUUGUACAACCUGGAGAGCUUGAAGUAAACAAGAAGCGCCUACGUUCAGCUACAAUGUGCAAAUCAUCAAUAAUCUCUCCGCCAAUCAAAACUACAAUAACUCUUCCGCCAAUCCAAACUAAAAUUUCCCCUCUGCCAAUUGAAACUACAAUAACCCAUUUGCCAAUCCAAACUACAAAAGAUGUUGUGGUAGAAGAUGAGGAUGAAGAUGUUGUGGUAGGAGAUGAGGCUGAAGAUGUUGUGGUAGGAGAUGAGGCUGAAGAUGUUGUGGUAGGAGAUGUGACUGAAGAUGUUGUAAAAGUGGCUAAAUUUGUGUAUUGGGAUGUGAAUGUCAUUAAUGAGGAAGGUUAUGUUUCAAACACACGUUUAUGUGUGGGACUUGGUUGCAAAAUCAAAGUCUAA